UGAAAGAGAAGAUUGAUGUGGGUUAUAUGAUAUCCGGAAGGAAUCCUAGUGAGACAUAAAAGAUAGGAAAAGGAUAACAUAUAUCAUUAAACUAUCUUUCACAGCUCCACACAAACCCAUCUCUAUUCAACAGCAUAUUAUUCAUAUUGUAUGUUGUUGUUGUUCAAAUUCAUUACCAUUAUCCUCUUCACAAUCUCCUCUCCAUCAAUACCCUUAUUAUGAUCAUGGGGGUCUCCUUCCUCUCCACUCUUCCUUCUCUAGUCUCUUCUCUCAAUGUCAAUGCCAACACUCCCACUUCCCCACAUUCUACUCAACCACUCUCAAUUCGUUGUAACAAAAUAGAAGCUGCAGUAACUGAUGAGGAUGGGUUCCGACGUAGGGACAUUCUUAAAUGCAUUGGUGCUUCCGUUGGCAUGGAAUUAAUAGCGAAUUCGGGAGCAUUUGUGGGAACUGCCACUGCUGCUGAUUUGAUACAACGAAGACAGCGUUCUGAAUUUCUUUCAAGUAUCAAGAGCACUCUUUAUACUGCAUUAAAGGCAAAUCCAGAUCUUAUCCCGUCCAUACUAACUUUGGCACUUAACGAUGCAAUAACAUAUGACAAGGCUACCAAAACAGGAGGCCCAAAUGGUUCAAUAAGGUUCAGCUCAGAGAUAAGCAGACCUGAAAACAAAGGGUUUGCUGGUGCUUUGAAUUUGUUGGAGGAAGUUAAGAAGGAGAUAGAUUCUUACUCCAAGGGUGGGCCUAUUGCCUAUGCUGAUCUCAUCCAAUUUGCAGCACAAAGUGCAACCAAAUCUACCUUCUUAGCUUCUGCUAUUCGAAAAUGUGGUGGGAAUGAAGAGAAAGGAAGCUUAUUAUACUCUGCAUAUGGUUCAAAUGGGCAGUGGGGUUUGUUUGAUAGAACCUUUGGGAGAACAGAUGCCCAGGAGCCAGAUCCAGAAGGAAGGGUUCCCCUGUGGGAGAAAGCCACCGUCCAAGAAAUGAAGGACAAGUUCGUUUCCAUUGGCUUAGGUCCCCGACAGCUAGCUGUAAUGUCUGCAUUCUUGGGUCCUGAUCAAACGGCAACCGAAGCUUUGUUAGCCACAGAUCCUCAGGUUUUGCCUUGGGUUGAAAAAUAUCAACGCAGCCGAGAAACUGUAUCUCAGACAGAUUAUGAGGUUGAUCUCAUAACAACUCUCACAAAAUUGAGUGGAUUUGGCCAACAAAUCAAUUAUGAAGCAUAUACAUAUGCUAUCCCAAAAGUUGACAUCACGAAACUCAAAUUGUAGAGGGUAUAGUGAAGCAUCACUAAAUUAGAGUACCAACCAACAAGACCCAAAUGUCCAUUGCAAUUCUGUCUGAAAUGGAGUGUGUACAAUGUAUGGACGCUCCCAUAAAAUUGAAAACUCAACAUUAUUUAAUAUUCCAAUUCUAAACUAUAAAUUACCCACCGUAACUCUUUAAAAAAAACAAGCAAUUUUCUUGUUUUUACUGAAUUGUGAUUUCAUAGUAGUUUCAAAACCAAA